UUUGUGAAUCGAUUCCUAGCGUUAAUGAUUCUCCAAAUCCCCCAAGAAGGAGCUUAUGUUUGUGUUUGAGAGUUCAAUAUUACUACGUUACCGCUUAUAAUAUAUGUAGUCGUUGAAAAAUGAGUCGUUUUUCUUCUCUGAUAAGGAGAACCUUUGGUGUAAUGAAAGAAUAUGUCGGAACAGAUAAUUUAGGAAAUAAAUACUUCUACAUACCCGAGCAAAAGACAUGGACAGGCCGGCAUGUUCGGGCUCGGCGGUUUGUGGAGGCGUUCAAUCCCACCGAGUCUGAGUACCUCGAAGGAAGCAUUCCCUCUGAAUGGGAUGCAUGGAUUAGAGGACGACGCAAGGAUCCUCCUACUAUUGAGGAGUUGCUUAAUAAUGAACAGUACAGAGAACAAAUCAAAAUCAAAGCACAAGAGGCUGAAGAGAAGGACAAAGAACUGCAAGCCAAAGAGUAUGAAGGGGGUCUAGUUGCAAAGCCGAUGCAGACUCAGGUCAAAGGUCACGCUGCUGCCACACAGUUUGGGCAGUCACAAAUCAGUGAGGAGCCUAUGAGUACUGCAAACAAGUUCCAGCCAGGAUCCUGGGCUCCUCGCAAAAAAUAACUGUCAAAAUCUCAAAUCUUUGUUACUUGAGUCCUGGACUUUCAAAGGAAGACUGUGAGGUGUAUAUGCUCUGCUGGUGAGAGGAUCAGAGAAUGGGUGCAGAUGUUGCCAUGGUUUCAGUGCAUCUUUUCCAUCUUUUCCGGAUCUAAAUAAACCUAGUGGAGCAAAACGUAGUCCAUAUCCUCUAUGUACAUCCAAAUUUCUCUAAUAUUUUGCUACAUUCAAUUGAUUUGGUUUUAUUUAUUUCUUAGCUGUAUUAGUUUGUGAGGGUUUAGGCAUGUUUUACACUUAGUUAUUCUUUAGCCAGGUGUUUAAACAUGAAGCAAUGAGACCCAAUUAACUUGAAACGCUUUUUUGGAAGCUUUAUGCUUUUUGUACACAGUGGCUGUAGAGUGUUACUCCAGCUAUGUGUCUGGAGACUUUAACCUAACUUCUUCCAGCCUCAAAGUGUGUAAUAACAGGAUUAAUGAUGUACAGUCCAUUUGACGGUAUUGUUAUUAAAGCUUUGUGUGACAA